AAUGCGUAAACACCAACGAAAUGAGUUGCAAUCCACGAUAUUUAUAACCAUUCGACUGUAUGCAUUUAACAUAUUCUUUAUCUCACUUUGUAGAAGAUGAACUGGUUUUCAAGUGUCCCCGCCGGAACUUCGCUAGCAUCAGCAGGUGCAAUCGUUAUUUAUUGCCGACAAAACCACUUGGAAUGUCAGUUUUAUGAUUAUGACGGAAUUCAGGAGAAUAUCUGCGACAAUUAUAGAGAAAUCAUCAAGGAUACGGACAUACAUACUGUGGAAAAGUACAACCACCCUCUAAAUGCAUGGCAGAUUACCAAAAUCUUUUUUCGACACGAUUACAUAAUCUUUGCAGCGUCAGAUGAAAAGUGGUAUUCCGUUGAAAAGAACACUACAUGCAUUUUGCUUCAGCGGGGUAGCAAGGAGCAGGUGUCUAAAAUGAUAACCGGUAAAAGUCGACAUACCUUUAACUGGAGGAUAUCUCGCAGUAAAAGUGCUGUUGGGCACAAAACAUUGUAUUUGCUCAUCGAUUGGCUUAUUGAGAACGAAACGGCGAACGGGUACGGCCUUAUCCUUGACAAUUGUCAGAACUUCGCUCAAAGGGUCUUCGAUUUUCUCAAACACUAAUUAUCGUUUGGAGCAGUCCUGCUUCACAGAUCGAAAACCUGGACCAUUCCUGCUUCACAGUUCGAACAUGCAGAGUUAUUCCUGUGCAAUUUUUGUAUCGCUAACAUGUUGGUAAACUUAAAGAAAUGAUUUAAAAAUAGACUUUAAAGGGGUGUCAUGGCAGUAUAGUAUGUACUUUUUAUACUCUAUUGAAAUUGACCAAAAUUUUAAAUGUUUUGUGUGAAGAAAUAUUGACUCAAUAAUGAUCUCAAACAGUUUACUAAACUACGCUGCUGGAAUAUUCCCACCAACAUAUAACAAAUAUGUUAGAGAAUAUCUAGUGAAUACAGCCAAAACAGGCAUGUAUCUACUGAAGACCUUGGUGAUCUGCACGUAACAGAUUAGGCACCGAUAUAUAGUGGAUGGAAAAUUUGAAAGUAAUGACAUUCUGCAUAUAUAAAAACAACUUAGACUCCAUAGCUUCACUCAGAUUCCAGACAAUCCUUUGCACUAAGAGGAGCACAUAACAUGUUUCGCACGCCGGAACUAUCUCAAUCAAGUAUCAAAGAAACAGCUUUGUUCACUGUGUUAGUGCGGACGACGACCUCAAUAAGUUGAUUAUUAUUGAUGGUCACUGUAAAAUUUUAAAUAUGACCAUUUGUAUUGAUAGCUAGAUUAAUAUCAAAUCAUUAUAUACAGGAAAGGGUGUUAAACGUGGCAUUUAAACGUACAGUUUGAUCAUCAUAGUAUAGGUCUCGCCUCGAAGAGUGCCUGAAUUCAUACCUGAAUGCAUUAUCAUAAUACGUUUGGAUAAUUAUAUUGAAACAAUUAAAGUUGAGUAAUGCAUUUAAAUAAGCUAUGUUGGUCAUUUUGUAAAUUGUGGCAAUAACGCUCGUGAAAUUCUAAUUCACAAUGUUUAAAAAAAAGAUAAUGAUAUUUGAUAAAUUGUUCAACCACAAAUAUAUGCCUUACAUUUCAUAAAAUAAUUAUAUAAUUAUGAAGCAUAUCUAUCCAUUCGAUUGUUCAGUACAUAUUCCUCAGUUCUGUAUAGUAUUUCCUUUUAUGCAAAUAUUUCGCGUUUCGUAUGUGAAAAUGCAAUAAAUGUAAAAGUGUAUAACAAAAAAUGUUUAUUAAAUUCUAUAACCAUA